ACACCCAUCCAGACAGUCCAUGCGGCCGCAAUACUCCUCGGGCUACUCAGCCAUCUCGAAAACAUAACAACGCAGCACCUCGCAAGAAACGCAAUGCCCACCGACAUGGCCGACGCUACCCUGCAAACCAAAAGGUCCAAAAGGGCCCGCUUGGUGUCGCAUCUAUAUGACUACACGAACAAUGUUGCUGAGCUGCGAGGCUACGAUACCAACAGGGGUCUUGCUGCGGGCACAGCAGCUGCAAUGCUCGGAAUCAGCCUCGACAAACUCGACAACAAAAGCAGCCUGUCGUCGGCGGGCUUCGAAUACCUGGACGCCGAGGCCGACCUCAUCGACGGGGUGGCUCUGUCUGCAAACGCAAUGCAAGAGGACCAGGCGCACUUCAUGGACCGGUUCAUGGAUAUCAUGGUGCGGAGCGCUAUGCCCGAGUCGGCGGAGGCUGAAGACCUCCAGAAUAGAAUGAAUGACCCUCUGAGAACCAGGAAACCACCGCUCUCCAUUCGGGUCUUCGUCUCCAACUUGAAGGAGUUGAGCUGGAAAAUGGGCGCGUUCUUCAAACUUCAAUACGGGCUUGUGCAUUUGGUCACGUGGCGCAAGCCAACGAAAACAUUGGCUUUCUUGGUGGCGUACACUUGCGUUUGCAUGUGGCCUCACAUCGUCCUUGCUCUUCCCUUGCUCGUUCUUCUCUUCGGAAUCAUCCUACCUGGGUAUUUGCACAGGCAUCCCAUGGAUACACCUGAGAUCAUCCCGGUCAAGAAGAGAGGCCAGUCGUUCCUACAGUUCCUCAACAGCUCAAAGGAUACCAGUCUUUUGACGGAUUUCUUGGAGGAACACAAUGAAACGAUGGACGAGUACUCUCUGACCCAUUCCACUGGGUCUUCUUUGGAAAUAGCCAGCUCGGCGUCAAGAGCUGAGCGGAAGCCCAAGCUAAACAAAGAUGCGCCUGACUUGCCGGAUCGAGCCGAUAAAAAGGAUAAACGAACGCUUGUCAAGUCACAGGUUUCGUUGUUGAUCAACAUGCGUGACUUGCAGAACUUGACAGGUGAUGUACUAAAGUCUAUCUCGCACAGCGAAAGCAUCCUCAAUGACUUCACGGUCUUCAAAGACGAGCGCGUCACGACGUACAUCUUCUACGUUGUCAUUUUUGCCACGUCAUUUGUGCUUUUCUUCGGAAACUUCAUUCCCUGGAGACUAUGCUUUAUACUGUCCGGGUGGUCCGUUCUCUUGCUUUGUCAUCCUAAUGCCAAGAAAUACCUUGGGGGGCUCCAGAGCAUGCAAGGAAAGGUUGACAAGAAAGCCAAGAAAUCCCAUGAUGUCUCUCUGGAAAACUCUACGUCGUUUUUUGAGGAUUUCGACAGGCAAGAUAUCAUAGUCGACGAGCCACCGGAAGUAAGGAUUGUGGAGGUCUUUGAGCUACAAACUAGAGAUGUUUUCAAGCAGGAGUGGAAGUUUUAUGCGUACUCCAAGAGGCUUUUCGAUUACAAUGACGCGGUGAGAGUCGCUGGGAAGCUCCCUCAUGGAGUGAAUCAUCUCAACAAGGUCUCACCGCCUAAGGAAUGGAAGUUUGAUUUUGGCUUCACAAACAACUGGCGCAUCGAUCCAAAUCCGCAGGAACUUUUGAAGAUCCGCCGCUAUGAUCAGACGCACUUGAGAGUGCCAGAGGAUAGUGGCGAGGGCUGGAUUUACGACAAGGUGCCUGUUGAUCAGGACACAACUCAGGAAUUCAGAAGGCGCCGUCUUUAUCGUACAUGUUACCGAUAUGCCCGCCCCCAGAAAAUUUAUAAGCUUAAGUGAUGCUGGACGUUGGUCUAAAAAGUUCAAUUAUUGCUUUGGGCUAAAAUCGUGAGCCACCAUCCCAGGCAAAUAAUAGACCGCGUUUUAUGAAAAAAAAGUGAAAAAGAGAAAGAAAAUUGAAAAAAACAACUAAAAAUAUUUCAGAUUGAUAAGAAAAU